AUGGUGGGCACAAAAUUCCACGACGAAGAGAAUGAACUCCUGCUAACCCGCAUGUUGAAGAAGGGUUAUGACAGGACCCGGAAGCAGGCCGAGAAGAGGGCAAUCAUCGUGGGAGUCGUCAACGUGUUAAAAAAAAAAUUUGGACGUAGCCACGACGAAUUGCAGAUUGUGAAGAAGUGGUCUGAUUUGAAACGGAGGCACCCGGACUGGGUCGAUGAGAUCAGUCGCAGAGUCUGCCCUGGGCUUCCAGUGCCAAAGGUCCGCCGCCGUCUAACCACGGCGGAUUUCGAUCUGGUUGAGGUCUCCGCGGAGGAGGAGGCUGAGCAGGCGGGCCCCUCCCACAGUCUUAGAGGUGCCACCAACCCACCUGAUGAACCCGGACCCUCUGAAGGGCCGAAAACAUCCGGCCCAGCUCCUGCUGAGGAGGAUAUCCCCACCCCAGCUCCUGAGGAAGAGGAUCAGGCGUUGGUCACCACCCCGCACCAGGAGGUAAUAAAGAAAAUUUCAGCAAAAAUUGCUCAAAUGAAAAAGAGGCAUGGGAAAAUCGGGGAAUUACGAGCCCAGAUCCAAAAAUCCCAAAGAAUGCUUCAAGAAUUCGAAGGCCAAUAUGGGGAGGACCUGAAGGAACUCACAAGCCUGCAGGAACAACUGCAAAAGUUGCCUUAA